GGCUUCAGCACACCCAUCGUAUGCCGGCCUUUGAACGGUGGAGACCUCCAUGCUGCUUCGCACUUUGGGGAGGAGGCAGACGCCACACCAGACUGGCAGACCGUUGGCAUUGUUACGCAACCGACAAUCCCGGAUGGCAUCUGUCUCAUGAGCCCUGAUAGAUGCCAUCUGGUCAGCAGAGGCUCUGGGCUGGGGCCGGGGGGGCGCUAACCCAAUGCCGGGCCUGUUCCACACGACGACUUAUGCUUAAUGGCAUUCCGGGAAGAUGUGAAGUUAAAUAGACUUCGUUCCCCCGAACCAGAGUAUGUUUUGCUCCUCAUCCCUUCUCUCAGGACAGUGUCUUUUCUCUACUUCAAACUUUCAAUUCUAUUCUUCAAGAGCUGUGCUCUAUUUCCAUUCAUUCUCAGCUUCUCUGUCAUUCCUUGAUACCCAAUUUUUAUACCGUUUUCACUUCACGACAGUCAUUCCAAAAUGAAGUCCUCCAUGAUCCUUCUCAUUGCUACCGGCCUGGUGUCGGGUCUGAGCAUCCCUAAGCAGCUGGACACCCGCCAGGCCAUCGUCCAGGCCCCGGCCGCAGCAGCACCCGCCGCCGCAC